GUUUUUACCCGGGUCGCCCAUUGUCCAUAUAAAGUAUUGGAUUUGUCUACGACUUUUCUCGCUGAGCGCUCUGUCAUGACCCGUCACCCCAUUGACAAUCACCUCAGUAUACAUUAUCAAAGCCCUCCAUGUCUCGCUUGCCGUGUCCUUUUACUCCUGGACGUGCAAGUUUGUGUGCUCAGCAGCCCAGCACAAGGCGGCGUCCCCUCUGCUGAGACUGUUCUUCGUAACAUUGAAUACAUUCUUGACCGUGCUCGCUCAGCAAAACAGCCACCUCGUAUUAUUCAUAUCCGUAACUCCGGAGAGCCCGGUGAUUCAGAUACACCAAACUCCCCCGGCUGGCAGCUCGUUUUUCCAACACUUGAGCACGAGUUCGUUAUCGACAAGUUCAAAAACAACGCAUUCUCUGGAACAAAACUGGCAGAUCUCAUACCGCGCGACGCCGAACUCAUAGUCGUCGGCAUGCAGAGCGAUUACUGUGUGCGUGCCACUUGUAGCGCAGCUUUGGAUAGAGGAAACACCGUCAUAUUAAUAAAGGACGCACACGCGACCUACGAUCGCAUUGAAGUAUGGAACGGUGGCAUGGUCACAAAGGCCCAAGAUGUGGAGUUGGAAAUAGAGGCGGAAUUGGAGGAGGCUGGGGUCAACCUGCUGUGUAUGUCGGAUGGACCGCACUUGUUCAGCGACCGAUAACACGCACUUGCGGGUUGGGUGAUUGCUGAUAGUAACUCCACUUCCCUGAAUCCGUUCCUUUCUUUUCUUAGUUUCAAAUUCGUGCUGUGAGUUUGUUCUUGUCCGCGCCUCGUUAUAUCUAAAGGAGAGCUGAUUACUCACUGUCUGGAAGCCUUACUCCUUCAGUUAUUAGUUCACGUUUAGAAGUCCUAUGGCUGGUAUGAUGGUUUGAAUGGUUACCCUGUUGUGGGCAGGCUCCGCUGAUCACUUGGUACCGAUAUUACCUUGGUAGCACUUACACUCACUUACGAAAGUUACGAUGCUGAAUGUCACGUGAUUACUACGAAA